AUGACCACUGUAUCGAAUCUGGAAGCAUACACUGUUUCGCUCCCUAACGACCUUCCACAGACGUUUCAGGAUGCUUUGAAAGUGGCUCGAGCGCUGGAUAUUCCCUACAUAUGGAUUGACUCUUUAUGUAUUGUCCAAGAUUCUCCAGAGGACUGGAAGCAUGAGGCCUCCCUAAUGGCUCAAGUUUAUGCCAACGCCCAUGUUACCAUAUUUGCCGAUGCUGCACCAGACAGCACAUCCGGCUUUUUAUCUCCUCCUUCACGAAAAGCCCCAAAAAGAACGCUCCGCACCACAAGCGUUAUGAAGCACUUUCUCCAUCCUCAAGAUCCUGAUGUUUCCUUGGCUGAAGCGAAUUGGAGAUCUGAAAUCGUCCCGGCAUAUACUGCGCUGGACCUCACCUUUGCGACUGAUCGACUCCCUGCCAUUCAAGGCCUGGCCAACGCUGCUCAAAGGCUGAGAAGUGGUGACGAAUACAUUUUUGGCCUUUGGCGAAAAUCCAUAAAGACAGACCUUUUGUGGUAUCGAAAUGGAGGCGAUGGCGAUGGUCACAGAAUCAAGAACGGGGGUGCUCCAACAUGGUCGUGGGGAUCUGUCACUGAACCAAUUUAUUACUCAGAGAGGGUCAUACCUGGUGAUUCGAAUUUACAGAUCCUGGACAUCAUAACAAGAGAGGAGCAACCUCCGGUACUUGUUAUUCGCGGUCAUCUCGUCAAUGUGAAAUUAGAGGAUCCUUAUAGUAACACAGUGUCUUUGGGUCCCGAUGACGAUUUACGAGUUGAAUGGGAUUGCGCUGCGGAUCAAACGAAGUCUAGCAAAUUAUCCGGAUAUUUCUUGGUAUAUGAGGCUGAUGAUGGAGGGCCAUUUGGUCUUUUACUCAGCGUCGACCGAAACGAUCCAACGGGGCAGCAGUUUCGAAGAGUCGGAUAUGUCCACGGGCAUAGCAUCUCAAAGUGGCGUCGCUCAUGGGGUAGUGGUGGUUGGGCGUCUAGUCAGGGUAGCAGUGCAUCCGACACCUCAGGUGGAAUAUGGGAGGAUGCUGGCAAGGAGGGGGCGAAAGAGUGGGUUGAUGAAAUAUUCAAGGGCGAACCUGUAACUUUUAGAUUGAUCUAG